AUGAGGAAGGAGGGUGAGUACAGUAAGGCUGCAGAAUCCCUCUAUGCAGAAGGUGGUAGAAAAGGGCCCCCGUAUUAUUCUGAAGAAAAGUUUCAAAAUGAAUACAAUCCACCCAAGGCUGAGAAAGAGGCUCCAGGAGCAGAAACCCCUGUGUCAGAUCCUUGUACAAAUGCCUCCAUCCCUACCACUACCUUAAGCACAGCCGAUGUCCCCAUUCCUGGAAGACACCUAGAGGCGACCACCACCCAGCCUGAGGUUGAUCCCCAGAGCAUGAGCAAGCUGCCUGUUAAGAGCCUGAUGGCUCCGUCUCCUACAGCAAAUGUCUCCAUGCAAGAGGAGCCUGUCAAGGCUGCAGCACUACCUGGCCAUGCUGUUCUCUGGAGCAACAGUCCCAAUCUUGAAACUGCCCACGGCUUUCCUGUAGGCAGAGAAACCUUCAGGCAUUACGUGCCUGGCCACAGAGAGCAGAAGGUCUAUUUCCAAUGCACAACAGACAACCCGUCAAACCAAAGGGAGAAUGUUGUCUAUGAUGAGGUUAUUCCAUUGGCCCCGGAGGAUCAUUUUCCAUCCUAUG